AACUUCGUCUAUUCCCUUACAAGACACAUUCUUCUCUUGCGUACUACUUCGUAGAAGAAUUUGCUAGUUUCAAUUGUUUUAAUAUCCCAAGCUCGUUUUACGAAUUGCUAUUGCUAAAGCCCUUCUCAUUGUGUUCCCCUUGGUAGAAAAAAUCAUAUUUGGGUCUCUUUUCUGUGAUUCUUUUUCUUGGUUUCUUUUUUUUGUAUUUUCUACUAUCUUGCUUUAGUUACCUUCUUUUUGGUCUAGUUUUGGUUUUUGCUUUUUAUUUUUUAUUUUCGCUCGAUAAUGCUCCUAAUAUGUGCUUAAUAUCUCGUUUUGCUCAUUCUCCUUCUCAUCUUUCGCGUUUUCUUGCUGCUGUUCGUCGUCAAUGCUGGCGUUUUGCUACUCCUCAGUCAACUGCUUUUUCCACCAAUUGCCGUGUCUCACACACCGCUUCCUCAUCGUCCUCUUCUUUUCUUCCUCAUCGCGCCUUUACAAAUGAGCCUUUGGACGAGCUUUUUGACUUUUUCAUUCAAGACCAAGAAGCGAAGCCCGUUGUCCCAACCUAUUAUCCCACCGCUUCUACUCGCCUCUUGGAUACCAUGGAACCUCCUUUUCAGGUUCAUAUACCUCUUCCGCGUAACGUCAAAUCGUCUUUUGAACAUGCACUUUCUCGUCACCCUCCCCCUUCUCCUUCUGAUGAUGUAAGUCAGCAAAUCCUUUCUGCAGGUGCUCCAACUACUCUUGGAGUUCACCCUCCUCCAAAACACCCGGAGAAGUUUUUUGUCACUCUCCGAGAGUCUCUUGCUCAUUCUGAACAAGAGGCUACCGACCUAAUUGUCUAUCGUCAUCGACUCCUCACCUGUCAGUCUAGCUUCCAGUUGCAUCAAACUUUCCAUGCCCAUUUUGUCCCGCGACUUUCCAAACACCCUACAUCUUCCGCCUCCGCUUCUUCCAACGUGUCAUCUUACUUUCCUCUUUCCCGCGCUCUUCGCGACUCCAUGCUUGUCGCUCGUCUUAAUUUUCUAGAUCCCCUUCUCGCACAUUCCUUUUUCUCCCAUGUCAAGCAUGCUAGCGUCUAUGCAUACGUCCAAGCUUGUACCACUCAAGUCUAUAACCAAGCUCUUUUGGCUCUCUGGCAAACUUCUCAAGAUCCCUUCUCCUUUCUUCGGCUUCUUGCCGAAAUGGAGGCAAAUGCCCUCCCCUUUGAUUCCGAAACUCUACAAGUCUUUCUCGCCAUCCAUCAACAGAUUUCCACAUGGCCUGCUCAUGCCCUUCCUUCUACCUCUGCCCAACAUUUGCAAAAAUUACAGAAAUUUUUGCAUACCGAGCUCAUUUUGUAAUUCCCCUUCUCUUGCAUGUAUACUUGAAUCCAUUCCAUAUCUAGUGUUUCUUUCCAUUCUUUUCAAAAAAAUUCUUAAUAAAAUCCUAGCACGGUUUAGGGCACCGUUUUUUCCUCUUACAUGUUGCGAGUGUCUAUACAUAUCGUUUUUCGUCUUACUAUUUAUUGAGCCUUCAGAUUUCUGAUUUUAACCAUUCAUUUCUAUAAGUUUAUUCUUGCAUCUUUCUCG